UUGUAGUUUACUCUUUUUGGUGGUUAAACAUGGGGCCAGCUUCAUAAAUCGUCUUCACCAACAUCGUACUGUGCUUGAAAAAAGGAACUGUAAUUUUUUCACUCUCAAGUCCCUUCAUAGCUUUUGUUGAAUCAUACAGCAACCUUAAAUACAGAGAACAAUUACCCUAUGAAUGAACAAAAUUAAACAUAGACAAACAGGUAAAGAGCAUGAUUGCUCGAUCCCUCUCUCUUUCUCUCUCGAUUGGCACAUAAAGAGAAUGCUUUCUCGAUCCGAGACUCUCUCUCUCCGUCUUUCAAUUCUUUCUAGUCACUUUUCUUCUCUAAUUCUUUUUAUUUUUCGAAAUUUCAGAAUUAUGGAUUUAAGAGUCGAAAUGCAGAGGGUUUUUUACAGGACUGGUCAAAUUGGCAAUUUUGUGCUUCUACUACUAUGGCAUAUUCUACAUUUUAUGAUCAGGAUAUGGUACUUUGCACGGGGUAUAGCCGAUAUGCUUGAAAGCUAUCUUAUUUCUAGUGGUUUGUUGAAGGGGUACAACACUCUUAAUUUAGAUAAUCUCCAGAACCUAGCAAUUGUUGUAGAUAGUGAAGAAGCUCACCAACCUUCAAAAGUUGCUGAACUUUUGCUGUGGCUAGCAUCCCUUGGUGUGAAGAAUGUUUACCUAUAUGACAUUGAAGGAGUACUGAAGAAAUCUAAGGAAGCCAUCUUGGAGAGAUUGGUUGUUGCAAUAUUGUCUGAUAAGGUAACUCUAAGGAAUUAUCCACUACUUGACCGAAAACCAAAUUUGGAAUUUGUUUCCUACUCUGAUGGGAAGGAAGCAGUGGCCAAAGCUGCUAGCUUACUUUUUCAGAAGCAUUAUUUGGGCAGAGAAGAGAAGGAGCCACCAAUCUUUACAGAAUCACAUGUAUCUGAGGCACUAAGCGCUGUUGGUUCCGGAGGGCCUGAUCUUGAUCUCCUAUUAGUUUAUGGGCCUGCAAGAUGCCACCUAGGCUUCCCGCCAUGGCAAAUUCGGUACACUGAGAUUAUACAUAUGGGGCCAUUGAAGUCCAUGAAAUAUGGUUCCCUAAUAAAAGCGAUGCGGAAGUUCUCAAUGGUGCGCCAGAACUACGGAAAAUGAUGAAUUGCAUUUGGGGGAUCAGAAGAAUAGAUUAUGGGGAAAUGUCCAACAUUUGGCUGAUGUAGUACUUUUAUAAUUGUUUAUUGUGAACAACUACUGGCCUAUAAUACUGGGUUAAAUUAUAAGAAGCUCUCUCUCUCCCUCACUUGCCAAUGUGUAUUGUGGUUAUUUAAGGAGCAAUUCUUCUUUACCUGAAUUAGUGAAUUGCUCAAAUUUGGGGUUUUAUUUA